GCGCGCGCUGGAAGCGGGAGUGUCCUCAGUGGGAGGGCGCGUCCCCGAGGGGGAGGGCGCAGGCUGGGGGCGGGCUCUCGGCGGCCCCACCCUCGGCCGCGUCCCCGGGCGCCCCCCGCGCACCCAGCGGGGACCGAGCCGACCGCGAGCCGCAACCAUCCAGCCAUGGAGACGCGCGCGCGGCGGCGCCCGCAGCUAAGGCUGCUGCUGCUGCUGCUGCUGCUCUGCGGUGGGUGUCCCCGAGUGGGUGGCUGCAACGAGACACGCAUGUUGGAGAAGCUGCCCCGGUGCGGGAAGGCCUUCGCCGACAUGAUGCACAAGGUGGACGUCUGGAAGUGGUGCAACCUGUCGGAGUUCAUUGUGUACUACGAGAGCUUCACCAACUGCACGGAAGUGGAGACCAACGUGGUGGGCUGCUACUGGCCCAACCCCCUGGCGCAGGGCUUCAUCACCGGCGUCCACAGGCAGUUCUUCGCCAACUGCACGGUGGACAGGACGCACUGGGAGGACCCCCCGGAUGAGGCCAAUCCAGAGCCAGACUCUAUCUGGACAAAGGAGGCAGUACCCCUGUCUUCAUCAUCCCAGGCCAGUGCAUUCAACGUCUGACCAUCCCACAAAAGAGCACGGGCUAUGUCUGGGGCCGUGAUCCGAGGAUGUCAUGAAGGAGGCUGCAUUACUACCUCCUUCCUGGAGCCUGCCCAGCUGCACAUCUCAAAGCAUUCGGCCUGCAUCCGGGAGUGAAGCAAGGGGUAGGGGGAGGGCAAAGGCAUAUUCUUUUUGGGAUUGCAUCUUUUAUUCAGGAAAUCCACAUCUUCCGGGGCUUUUCCCUGAGACUCAUAGCCAGAUUUGUCUCAUGGGAGCACCUCUAGCUGCAAGAGAGGCUGGGAAUGAAGCGUAUCACUUCUCAGCUUCCAGAGGAGAGGGAAUGAACAGCCCCGCAUGUGUGCCAUCUAAGCAGAGUGGGACGGGGACAAGGGGGGAGCACAGGCGGGUAGCCCCCAGGCAUGUGUGUCCUAGUGGUGAGACCUCAGACACAUCCUUCCUACUGUCAGGAGCGAAACAGAGAUGCUCACAUUAGAGGCGGGUACUCAGUCUUAGGGAGGGGAUCCUAGUCAUUGUAGUAAGACUAUAAAAAAGAAGGGACAUUUAAUGAACAGGAAAGGUCAAAACUGCCAUUACUUGUAGAUACAUGAUGGUCUACCUAGAAAAUCCAUGAAAAUCAA